GUAGCGCUGCUGCCGGUUAAAGCUGCCAGUCGUGCAGAGCGUGGUGGCUCAGCGCGCCGCUCAUUCGUGGCUCUGCCGCACGGUGGCGUUUGCUGGUAGCCGGAGUUCUGUCAAAUUGUUUGCCUUCGCUAUAGUUGUUCUACUAUAGAUCUGACUUGAAGAGAGGGCUUUGCAUUGACUGACGGACCGAUGUGGCCUAAUGCCCGCUUUGUUUUAUUCAACAACGUACCGUGAUGAUGAAAGCACGCGCAUAAUUAGUUAUGCCUAACUGAACAGUGUCUUGAUUUCGUUGCAACAGUUCGUCCCGCCUAAUCUAUCGUAAUGGCCUUGCGGUCCUUCUGCACGGACAGCCGGAGCCUUUAGUAGGCCGUUGGUCGCCCCUACCACGUCGCUUCUUUGUGGGGUAAUUUCACUAACUUCCCAGCGCUUCAACUAGCUGGCAGAUAAGUCAGCAGCAAUAAGACUCGCCGUAGGUCUGCUUCACUACGAGCAUGAGUUAGCAUUACCGCCAUAGGACGAACAGAGAACAACAGUGGCCGGGGCGGCAGCCAAUUUAUCCAGGUACGACUCCACCGGUUCAUCGACGACCGAGGCCUUCGGAAAGAGCUAGAAGCUCGAGAACGUAAGGUUUUGCUAACGGGUUUCGACCACCGUAAACAUCCAUAUACUUAUAAAGGCAUCCGUCUAUUUAGUCACCUAAACGAUGCCUCCACCUUCGACCUUCAACAAGCAGUUGAAAACGGACAAUGCGCCAAGGUUGCCCAAAAAAAGAAGUUGUCAUGGAAAUGCCAAGCGGAUGAGAGACAUGAAAGGCCUCAGACAGUCCUAAACACUUCUGGUGGUCAGGACAACAACAAUAGCAACAACGUUCUGAUGCUGUGACGACGCUUGACGACAAACAGAAUACCGUUUCUGUUGUGUAUGAGAUGUUAGCUGUGUUUGUGUUCCUUGCGUGUCUCUGCGUAUUCCAAUGUGUUUGUCGCUUAGCCGGUUGCUUUUAAAUCAAUUUUCCUACUUGCCGUCUUACUUACGGACACGAAGAUACCAAGUGCGUUGGGCAGGAUACGAAUCAAUUAGAACGGGUUAAGAACGGGCGCCUAGUCCACGUGAAACCGGUGGAAAGACAGCGCUUUUUAAUUUCAGUUGAAGAAAGCGUUCCAACGUGGUAGCUACUCGCGAUGCAAUAUUGUAAAAUAAGAAAGCAAAGAAGAAAAGUUCUUGUGAUCUUUAUACGAUAGUCUCCGAAAUAAAAAGCAAAAAGGAUCGUUUAGGUUAUGUACAACUCUGUUGAUGUGGUGCUUCCUGCUUAUUUUCAAUUUUCACUGUGCCUGGUUCAGUGACCGCAGCGGCAAGAGAUAAUAUUUUCGCGUGUCUAACGCGCUGGUAGUGGUAAACAACAAUAAUUAGCGGCAGUUUAAAGUUCGACCUAUUAUCGCCUGCGUACCUCACACACUCGGAAGUAGUGUCCUGUGUUGAAGUGCUGUGUAAUGUGCGUUAUUGGCCAAUGUAUGUGGAUUCCUCACGCUGGGAUAUCGCUGACGCAUCGGCCUUAAUUCAGCUGCUGAUCCUCAGCUUUCAGCUGGUUUCUGGAGACCUUUCGUUGUUCGUCUGUGCCAUAACCGCAGUCGUGGCCGAGCUGUUCGAGUUACCGUGCUGGAGUGCUCGAGUGCUUCUUCGUCGACCCGUUCUAUCCUGCCAUAUUUAAUCGCUUCUUCAUUUUCGAGAGUCGCCAAGCCGUUCGGAGCGCCAUGGAACAACACGGAUCCCGAAUCGUCGCCGCGGCUGCAUCAUCUGUAGAACGGCAGCGUCGCCGGUAUCAGGAAGAAACCAGUAAGCGGUUGGAGGAACUGGUUCUCAGCCAUGCCAACAUUGGUGAAAAAAUCCUUAAGUUACAUAAAGUUGUACCAGCAUUUCAGUUCCUUCAUAGUGAUACGGAAGAGCUGACAAAGAUUGUAACGUACACAUCCUGUUUAGCCGAAAAUAUCUCUCGAAAAGUGAAACAACUUGACCUAGCUAAGAGUCUAGUAGCUGGUAGUUUACGCCGUGUAGAGGACAUUAUGGAUCUCCGUGCGUGUACUGAAGGCGUAAAAACAGCUCUCCAUGAUGAAGACUUUGAACAGGCAGCCGCUCACGUGCAUCGAUUUCUCGGGCUGGAUCAACGGGGGCUGAGGUCGUGUGUUGGUGACGAAAUGGUUGAAGGAACAAGUCUAGAAGAAGCCUUCAGCGCCCUCACAGCUGCGCAAGGCACGCUUAUCGACAUAGUUACCCAGCGAUUUAAUGAAGCGCUCUCCCGAUCGGAUCAGGCAUCAAUCGAGCGUUUCUUUAAGAUUUUCCCACUUCUUAACCAACAGCACGAGGGCUUAACGAAAUACUCCAACUACCUUUGCCGACAAGUGACGGAUAAUGCAUGCCGAUCCCUUCGAAUUGCACAAAGUAUGUCGAAGUCGGACAAAAGAUAUGCCGUAGCGCUUGCCGAUUCAUUUAGUGAGCUCUUUGAAGACGCCGCUCGACUGAUCGAAAUCCACCAGCCACUCGUGGAGAGAUAUUACGGUCACGGUGAGUUGUACGUUCUUGUAGAGAUCCUCCAUCGGGAAGUUUGUGUUCAACAACGACGUAUCUUCCAGGAACUGCUUUCAAGUCGUGUGCUUGCUCGGCGCUGUAAAAAGGCUCAGGACACGUUGAUCAAGGGCAGUCUAACAGAUCGAUCGUCAACCGGGCUCCGGGGUAAUUCAAGUUCUGGCAACCUCUACGCGACGCAGGAUCCGCUUAUUGAGACUAAGGAAGUAGACGCGAUUUUGGAGGAGCUAGCACUAAUUCAUAAACACGCAGAACUCUAUUUUCGAUUUAUCAAGCGUCGCGUCAAUGACGAUCUGGAACAGUCGAAGCUAUCGCCGGAGGUGAAGGCAUCUCGGAUAACCGAACUUAAUCAAAAAGUGGCUGUGUGCGAACUAAAUAAAGAUAUGCAAGAACUAAUGAGCUAUUACAUCUGCCUUGAGGAGUUUUUCAUGGUUGAAUCUGUUAAAAAGGCUGUUGAAUUGGAGUCAUUCGAGGAAUCUUCUCCAACGUCUUCCCUACUAGACGAUGUAUUUUUCCUUUUGAAAAAAUGUCUUCGACGAGCCUUUUCGACGGCAUCAGCUGAUGGUGCCUGUGCCAUGCUUAACCAUUCGGGCUCUUUAAUAGAGGGUGAAUUCGCGCGCGCUAGCCAAGAGCGUCUUCAAAGGGGCUUUCCUACUGGUGCGAUGAUGGACCAUGCCAUUAAUAUUAUGCAGGGUAAAUUGCAAAGCCAGGCAGAGCAAGAGCGUGAUCGGGAGCAGUUUGUGGUGACGCUGAACAACCUCGACACGGCUUGCGAUUACGUUGACACGCUUGUUACUGCACUCACUGCCGAAUGUCCAAAGCGUUUCCCGGGAUGUUCAGCACAGGAACGCGGGAAAUUAGAGGCUUGUCUUGCAAAUGUGGGUGCAGCAGGUGCCCGCCUGAGGUCGCUGUCAUCGGCUGGAAUUGGUCAGUUGUGCGCCUCUGCAGUACGGCCGCACAUUAAAGCGGCCUGCGAUGCCUUUCAUACAGCCAACCAUCAGUUGUCGGAGGCCGAAUUCGCUCAAUUGGAAGCAGAUGAUGGACUCCGUCCAUUUAUACAGCAGCUUGUUAUGAAUCUGGAUUCAUUACUGAAUUCCUUUCGAGAAGUGCUCACGGCCAAAAACCACGAACAGCUCGUCGCGCUUGUGGCAUCUGAGAUCACGCAGCUUUUGGAAAAAGCGGCCCUCAAGACCAUCUAUAAUCGGCUAGGUGGCAUGCAACUGGAUAAGGAGCUGCGGUAUUUAAUUGGCUAUCUAACUAAGGUUGCUAGUUGGAGUAUUCGAGAUCGAUUUUCCAAGCUCACCCAGAUCUCCCUGCUGCUUAAUAUUGAUAGUAUAUCGGAAGUAGAGGAGAUAUGUUCGGCGAAUCAGAGUUCUUUAACGUGGCGUUUGACGCCAGCCGAAGUCCGCCAAGCACUCGGAUUGAGAACCGAGUUCAAGUCAGACGAAAUCAAAAAACUCCACCUGUAAAUAGCUUUAACAUAAGUGCACUAACUUAAAACAUCAAAGAGUCAUCGAUUGACUAACAAGUUGCAAAAUAAAUUUAAGCUGUUAUAUUUUCGGAA